GGAGGAGAGCCCUGUUUGGACUGUCACACAGCGUUGACGCGCACAAACGACUGGCGUGUGGGGCUUUGUAUUGAUCCAGUGAGGGUGUAGAAUGUGAGUGGAAUGGGAGUCAGAAGCCUUAUUCCCUGAUUGGGUGGAUUAGAGAAAAUUUAUUGUUCUCUAAUGAUGCAAGGAGAGGACAAGAGGAAAAGGAAACAGACUUUAAGUCCUAGAAGUGUUUCUGAGGAAUACUGUCUUAGAGAGCGUCCAAAAGAAGAUACAACAAAGAUGAAAAAUAAAGUGUCCACGUCAAGUGUAGUUAACAGUAAGAAGAAAUCAUGGUCAUGGGAUCAGUACCUAGAAGAGGAAGGAGCCAUAGCAGCACCUGUGAAACUAUUUACUCAGUACCAAUCAUUUCCUAGCAGCAAGAAUGGCUUUAAAAUGGGGAUGAGGCUAGAAGGAAUCGACCCCCUGCACCCCUCCAUGUUCUGUGUGCUUUCUGUGGCUGAGGUGAUUGGCUACCGUCUUCGUCUACACAUUGACAGUUACUCAGAAUGCUAUGACUUCUGGGUUAAUGCUGACUCAUCUAAUAUUAGACCAGCUGGAUGGUGCGAGUCCACCGGUCACAAACUUUACCCACCAAAAGGAUAUAAAAUGAACGAGUUUAACUGGGAGAAAUACUUGGAGGCUUGCAAUGCUCAGGCUGCACCAAAGAAUCUGUUCAAAUCCUGUUCUGAUACUACCACCACUUCACAAUUUCAAGUGGGCAUGAAGCUUGAGGCAGUGGAUAGGAAGAACCCUUGUCUGGUUUGUGUGGCCACUGUGGCAGACAUUGUUGAAAAUCGCUUCCUGGUUCACUUUGACAACUGGGAUGACACCUACGAUUACUGGUGUGAUGCCAGUAGUCCACAUAUUCACCCAGUGGGCUGGUGCCAGGACCAAGGCCGAACUCUCACAGCACCUCAGGGACACCCCAAACCAGAACAUUUUAUAUGGGAGGAGUACUUAGAAGACAAUGGCGCUACUGCGGUUCCAAGCCAAGAUUUUUGCAUGAGACCUCCACAUGAAUUUCAGAUCAACAUGAAGAUAGAGGCAGUGGACAGACGAAACCCCAUGCUGAUAAGAGUAGCCACCGUCGUUGAUUCCGAAGACUACAGAGUCAAGGUGCACUUUGAUGGCUGGCACUCUAAAUUUGAUUUCUGGGUGGACUCGGACCUGCCGGAUCUUCAUCCCGUUGGCUGGUGUGGAAGGACGGGUCAUCCUUUGGAACCUCCACCGACAAAUGCAGGUCCUUCUGACCUCAAAAGCUCCAUGACACCGGGAGUGUGUCCAACCCUUGGUUGCAGGGGAGUAGGCCACAUCAGAGGUGCAAAAUACACAGGACACCAUAGUGCCUUUGGCUGUCCCUAUUCAGAGAUUAACAUGAAGAAGGAAGUAGUGCUACCUGACCGGCUUGGUGGUGAAAAACAAAUCACCUUUGUCCCAGUGCAGAGUACCAAGAGACUAAGUGCAGAGCAAGAGGAGGAAGAGGAGAACGAGCAAGAAGUUUGUGUGGAGAACAGGGAAGAGCUGUUGGACUGUGACGGGCCCCCUCGUCCACGUGGUCGGCCCCCUGGUCAUGCCACGAUAAAGAAAGAGCACAAGGAGGAACCUUCGUCUCAGGGACAGAGAGUGUAUUCUCCUCUGGGGAAGCGUGGCCGCCUUCCCUCCAGGCUUGCACAGCCAGCAAAAUACCUACGCGUUAAAGAUGAGGAGGAAGAGGAGGAGGAGAUUGAGCUAAAUAGCGUAAUUGCAGAAAAGAACGUGGACAGUCUUCAGCAAGCACUGCAUCAGUCAGUCUUCCUUUCGGCCAUGUCAGCUCAGCCUGGCCGUGACUUGCCGCUGUGCUGGGAGCAACACUGUAAGCUCCUGCCUGGAGUGGCAGGUGUGCAGUCCAGCCUUGUUGCACACUGGACAGUGGAUGAGGUGGCUGACUUCAUUCAUUCUCUACCAGGCUGUGAGGAACAAGCCAAGCAGUUUAGAGAGGAGCAAAUCGAUGGCAAGGCGUUCCUGCUCCUGACGCAGCGCGACAUUGUGAAGAUCAUGAGUGUAAAACUCGGCCCUGCUCUCAAAAUCUACAACUCCAUCCUGAUGUUCAAGCACGUCGAAGACAACAAAUCAGAAAGCAGCAAUAACAAUACAUGAAACCCCAUCCAGGCCGGAUCAUCCUUACCCAAGUGUAUCUGAACCCAAAUGUCUACUGUAUUGAUGCAUUCCAACCUCUGACUUCUGGUCAUUUUCUUAGACUUUAAGAUACCCUACAGACUGUCUUUUCAGGUUUGAUGUCUUUAAACCACUGACUUUCAGGUGGAGUCUGUCAUCCCAUUCAAAUUUGCCUUUAAAUGUCUCUUAGGGGCAUAAAGCCAUGUGCCAGUGCUAUUUACCCAUAAGCCGAACCUGCCUUUUUCUCCUGCUGUAGUUUUUCUGCAUAGAUCUUAACUGACAAUCAACCAUACCGGUAAAAACAUAGCAUUGCCAACAUUGGCACCAGAGGUUUUCCUGGUACAGGUGCUAAUUAAUACAGCCCGCUAACAUAAUUUAAAAACCCGAUCUUAUUAUCUGGUACAAUGAGCAUGUCUACUUUUUUAAAAACCUAAAAAAAAGCCCUUAACUUUGUGCUAACUGCUAUUAUUUUAGUAACUAUUUUGAAAAUAUUAUAUCUGAUUUUCUCUGUACCUGCUGAUCCUUUACCUUUAUUUAUUGUGCAAGGAGAAUUGUGCAAAGUUGAAGGAAAUUAAUAUAUAUUUCAAAAUGCCAAAAUAUUUUUUUUAAUGUUUGAAAAUGUUUAUUUUUGUGAUGUAUUGCGCAUUAUCCCUAAGACGUGAAAAAGUUAUUAAUCCUUAACUCAUGGAUGAAUAUUUAAAUGAAUAGAAAUUGCUAUUUAGUUUGAAGUAAUUUAAAGUAGCUAGAAUACUUUGUGUUAUUUCUGUAAUAAGUGCAUUAAGUAAGCUUGCUUGGACUAUUAGCUUCAAUUAUAGAUUAGCAAUGCCUAUGACCUUCAAGUCUUUUACUUACCUAUUAAAGAUUAAAUCAGGGAGUUUUCUGCAAACUAUUUAAUAAUCUAAAUACAUUUACUGCACAUUUCUGAACUGAGGGAAGGUGUGUUUGCAACAGUUAGCCAAAACGUCACUGAAACUUGAGCUGUAUAACUCUUUCUUCUCAUUCUGCUUUUAAGUCUUCUUUCAUCUACUCUGGGCCAGGUCAGCCACAACAUUAAGAACACCAGGUGUUUGUUCCUGUACAAUAUUUUGUCAUGCUAAAUGCUACAGUACACUGGUUUUAUCUCCAGUAUCCAUUUUUAAUUUCAUCUGACUUAACCUUGAAAUGUACUGUAAAUAAUUGUUUCAUUCAAUUUAUUACAAUGAAUUUACUCUUUCUACAGGAAAUACAUUCAUAUGCUCAAAACCCAAAAUAAACAGUACAAAUUUC